CGUCUUCUUCACACGCCUCCAUAAGUGAGAAGAUAUGGAAAUAGAGAAGAGAUUGAGCUUGUUGAGAGAGUUCUGCUUGUUUUUUUUUUCUCUUCUCUUGUUCUUCUUUUAUUCUUCUUUCUUUAUGCUUAUGGCUUGAAUUAGUGUUUGGUUUAAUUAACUAUGGCUAAGGAUGUGGAAGUUAUUCCCGGAGAAGAAUUUCAGACAAAAGACUAUCAAGAUCCAUUUUUUGAUGGAGAUGAGCUAAAGCAGCGGUCUUUUUACAGAGCAGUCAUCUCUGAUAUGAAUCUUCUUCAAUCUUGGCUUUGUGUACGUAUGGAAGAGCCAUUUGUGGAUCGUUCAAGUUUACCUGUGCUGUAUCCAUCUCGGUUAAAUGGAGCUAAAUGGCAUGGAUUUAUUUCAACAUACUAUUGAUUACUUUCACAUAGUUAUAAAUCAUAAAGUAAUUUAUUUCAAUGGAGCAUGUUUAAAUACCACACCCAAGUAUCAAUUGGUGACCGAAAGGUCAUUCAAAGUUGUUUUAAGGGACCAUGGUACUUUUGGAGAAAAUUGCCUCCCUUCUACAAAAGAAUCUGGUUUACAUUGUUUAUGGUGCUGCUGUGUGUUAUCUUUCAUUAAUCUAUUUCAUAAAUGAUUUACAAUAUUACUCAUCAUUUGUAAUUACUUUGUUUUCUCAGAAAAAGAUUAACCGGGAUGCUUCUAUCAACUAUCAAGUUGAACGAGAGUUUAAAAAGCUUGUUGCAUAUCGCCUCAAAGGAAUGAUAAACCAUGCUAAGAGGGAAGGAGAAAAACCAGAUUGGAUUUUGUCUGAUUAUUGGACGAUUAUACAUGCACAUUGGACAACAGCAAAAGCAAAAGCAAUGAGUGAGAAGGCUUGUGCUUCUCGAAUGUCUGAUCACAAUGGUUUAGGCCCACAUUCUCAUCCAGUAGGUUCAUGUUCGUAUGUCAAAGUUCAAGCUGCUUUGGAAGCACACAACGAAGAUUACUUCUAUAUUGUUGUGAUGAAGAAAACACAUAAGAAGCAUGACGGAACCUAUGUUGAUCAACGAGCACGAUUGGUUGCAGAAACUUAUGAAAAGCAUGUACAAGAACGCUUGGAACAACUUGAAUCUUCUGGUGAAGAGAAUGUGACAGCUGAAAAUCUUGACAAAGAUGAAAAAAAAAGAUUUAUAUCAAGUUCUAGGCUGCUGGAUCAUCUAAACAAUGUCAUAUCUUUGGACUUGGAGCACUUAGUGAGGUUUUGCCAUCUGUAGGUGCUUCUUCAAGUGUACCACAAUCUGGUGAAGAAGUAGAGACGAUAACACAUCGGAUGCAAGAGAUGGAAACUGAUCUGAAAAAAGCUUUGAAGAAAAUCAGCAAAUCCAGAAAAGACUUGAAGCUAUGGAGAAACUUGUUGAAUUUUUUUCAAGUCAAAAUGUUUAAAUCCAACUCCACUACCAAGACCAUCCACCUUUAUCUAACUACUAUGGUUUGUACUUAUAUUUAGUUUUGUUUAGUUUGUAUUUCUUUUUAGUUGUGUUUAUGGAUUAACUUUGUCUUUGGUUUGUAUUUCCUUUCAGUUGUGUUUAUGUAUCAACUUUGUAUUUGGGUGUUAGUUUGUUAUGUAUAUAUUAUCGUUUGCUUA